AUGGGUGUCGUUAAAUUUGAUGACUCGAUCAAGGCAGAAAACCCAUUACCAAAUCACACUGAUGGUGGGGUAAAUAUAAUGGGCGAGGACAGAAAAAUUAAGGCAGACAUUGCGGACGUGAAGACUCCUUUGAGAUGGGUCUGGAAAGAGAUGGUGAAAAGGGGGCUAAUUGCUUCAGAAGAAAGCUGUGAGAAGAGGAGGAACUACUGUGAGUUCCACUGUGAAAUGGGGCAUGAAAUCCAAGAGUGUACGAAGUUCAGAGCUGUGGUACAGGGAGUUCCAAAGGCUAACCAUCCUGUGGUCAUCAUCUCACGACCUAAGAAUAGUGAGGCUGGAGCGCGAGUAGCACCAAAGGUCAUCAUUCAAAAACUGACCGUGUUUACUUACAAGGAUAACAGGAGGGUUCCUUGGAAUUACAAUUGUAAUGUGACAAUCCCAGGGAAGGAGAAUGUAAUUAAUAAAGAGGACCAUGAUGAAGGAGGGCAUGACGAACAGGUGAAGGCUCGAGUAGAGCCAAUAAGAGAAGAAACUUCGAUUGGAAAGAAGAAGAAGGCAGUCGAACCUGAAUUGGUGGUCAAUGAACCAAUCAAGGAGGAGGAAGCUAGAGAGUUUUUGAAGUUCAUAAAACAUAGCGAGUACAGCAUUGUGGAGCAGCUGCACAAACAACCAGCUCGCAUAUUUGUGCUAGCUUUACUCCUAAACUCGGAGGGACAUCGAAAUGCACUACUGAAGGUGCUAAAUGAAACUUAUGUGGCUGACGAUAUCUCUGUUAACAAGUUGGAUCGACUGGUCGGCAAUAUAAGCGCUGAUAACUUCAUCUCUUUCAGCGAUGACGAAAUACCACCUGGGAGUAUGGGAUCUACUAGAGCUUUACACAUCACUGUAAGGUGUAAAGGGUGUAUAUUACCGGGAGUUCUGGUAGACAACGGGUCGGCACUGAAUGUAUUGCCUCUAUCCACGCUCAACAGGCUACCUAUGGAUAGUUCACAUAUGAAAUCGUGUCAGAAUGUGGUGAGAGCAUUUGAUGGCACCGAGAGGAAAGUCAUGGGACGAAUUGACAUACCUUUGUUAAUCGGCCCAACUGUCUAUGAGGUAGACUUUUUGGUUAUGAAUAUUAAGCCUUCUUACAGUUGCCUAUUAGGAAGGCCGUGGAUUCAUUCAGCAGGUGCGGUACCGUCAUCGUUACAUCAAAAAUUGAAGCUGGUGUCAGAAGGUCGGGUAGUGAUGAUAGAUACUGAGGAGGAUAUCAUUGCAUCUGUGACCAACGAUGCGCCUUAUCUAGAAACGAGUGAUGAUGCAAUCGAAUGCUCUUUCCGUUCCUUGGAGUUUGUAAAUGCAACAUUCAUCCGUGAGGGGAAUAAGAUCCCGAUGCCGAGAAUAUCAAGGACCACAGGGAUAGGUCUGCGAUUGACAGUUGGAAAGGGAGCUUUGCCGAGAAGAGGAUUGGGGAAGUAUCUUCAGGGCCGAGUCGAGGUCCCAGUAUUGAGGGGCAAGUACGAUCGUUUUGGUUUAGGUUAUAAGCCAGAUUCUAAGCAGAAGAGGAUAGAGCAGGAAAAGAAGCGAGUGAGGAGAAGGGAUCGCUUGACAGGUGAUGAAGUCAAAUGGGAACCCAUGACCUUUCCUCACCUAUCCAAGACUUUUGUAUCGGGAGGAUUCGUCUAUCAAGGAAUGCUAGGGGUCAGAAGUAUUAACAUGGAGCUAGGGAGUAUUCAUGCCGUGUAUGAAGAAGCGACGCGAGGAAGAGCUUUGCCAGAUAUUCGUCCUUACGAGUCGGAAAUAGAGCUAAACAACUGGACUGCAGAAGAAAUACCUGUAGUUUUUAGGAUUUCCUCAGAGUCCCACGAUACCAAUGAUGCGAAUGUCACUCUUACAAAUUUAGAGUUUCCUUUUGAACGAAACAUGUGUUCAGAGGAAUCGCAUGAUUUUGAAGACAACGAAGACUGUGGUUUGUCUCCUGACUUGUUCAAGAUGGUAGAAAGGGCCGAGAAGCAAAUCCUACCUCACAAGGAAUCAAUAGAAAUUGUGAGCUUAGAGGAGGGUAAAGAGGAUAUGCCGGGGUUGAGUAUCGACAUGGUAGUCCAUCGUCUCCCUAUAAGAGAAGAUUGCAAGCCAGUGCAGCAAAAGCUCAGAAGGAUGAGGCCUGAUAUCGUGUUGAAGAUAAAUGAAGAGGUCCAAAAGCAGUUUGAUGCCGGAUUUCUGCAAUAA